AUGACCCAGGGGAAGCUCUCUGUGAACAAUAAACCCCCCAACUCCGAGGGGCAAGGGGAGAAGAAGGACAAUGCCACAGCUCCACCAGCUCCUCCGACCUACGAGGAGGCAACAGCAGGAGAAGGGAUGAAGUCUGGUGCUUAUCCUCCUCCCCCAUCAGUCCCACUCCACCCCAGCUGGGCUUACGUUGACCCCAGCACGAGCCCGAGCUAUGGCAGUGGUGGGUACCCGGGGGAUACAGAGAUGCUCACGACCUUCAGCUGGGAUGACAGGAAUGUGCGCAGAGUGUUCGUCAGGAAGGUUUAUGCCAUCCUGAUGGUCCAGCUCUUGGUCACUGUGGUUAUUGUGGCUUUCUUCACCUUCUGCGAGCCGGUCAAGGGGUACAUUCAGACGCACUCUGCCUGGUAUUGGGCUUCCUAUGCUGUUUUCUUUGUGACCUACUUGAUUCUCGCUUGCUGCUCCGGACCCAGGUAA